CACUGUCUGAAUGACAUCACAACAGCUUCUAGUCCUUGAAAACCUUGAGGAUGAUUAGCUGAAGGAAUUGGCUGCUUCUGCCAAUCAUAAUCCUCCAAAGCCGCCUUUAUAGUUCUGUAGACAUGAGCGGAGAGGGAGGGAGAAAGAGAAGAGCACAGCUAGGAAAGAGGCAGAGUAGCAGCAGCAGCAGCAGCAGCAGCAGCUGGUAUUCGGGUGAUUAAGUAGUUCUCAUUGCCUCUUUGCUGUUCGGUGACUGCUCCCUGGUGUAAUUCCUAUGUCCGAAAAGGAAGCGGCAUUUUAACGGUGUGCUGAACAGAGGUUUGAAUCAUUCCAGCUGGCUGCUUAUUCCGUAAAGGACUGUGUGUGUAUAAAUAAAAUGUGACUGUUCCAAAGGAAUCCAGCGGACAGGGAGCAGAGCAGAAGGAGUCUUCCCGGGAUACUAUUCAAGCAGUGGGUAUGAUAUUUGCAAGAAAAAGGACAACUCCUGCCUUGCCGGGAACUGGAUGAAGACGUCUCAACACCAGACUCUCCUUUCCCCUCAUGGACCGUUACUUGAAAAUAAAUUAUCUCUGGCACAUCAUUAGAGAUGGCUCAGAUCCAGAGAUUUUUGAGACCAACCUGUUUCUUCUCCACUUCCUGAGAAAAAGGCUGGACGUAGAAAGCAGAACCUAAGUUGGGAAGUGAAAGGGUACAGAAAGACACAAUGGGAAAAUACGAUAAUGUUAAUUGUCUUCUCCAUUGAUUAUUGGCAACUGGCGCUUUCAGAGAAGACGGCUUCCAGUAUAGAUUUCCAACUCUUUGGACUUCCAGCUCUCAGAGUUUCAUAGUUUUGAACACCCCCCUUAUAAAUGCAUUGCAAUGGUCACAUGAACGUUUGGAGAGUGGUACUGACACCAUCACUUGGUCUGUUUAUAAUGGCACUUUAGAAGGAAGAAGCCAAUUGCGUUUUUUUAGUAACUAAAUGAACAAACAUAAAGUGCUGCAAAAAACAUGAAUCUUAUUGUGAAGCUUCGUAGAAGUUUUCGAACAUUGGUCGUUCUCUUAGCCACUUUCUGCUUAGUGAGCAUAGUCAUUUCUGCUUAUUACUUGUACACAGGUCACAAGCAGGAAAUAGCCCUCAUUGAUACCACAGGAGGGGCGGAGUGUGAGGAUCUUAAACUCUUGCCAUACAGGUCAAUGGAGCUUAAAACAGUGAAGCCCAUCGAUCCAUCUAGGACUGACCCGACCGUGCUGCUCUUUGUGGAGAGCCAGUACUCUCAGCUCGGCCAAGACAUCAUAGCCAUUCUGGAGUCAAGUCGGUUUCAGUUUCAGAUGGUGAUUGCAUCAGGAAAAGGGGACCUUCCUCCACUGGCAGACAAUGGCAAAGGGAAAUACAUCCUUGUAAUCUAUGAAAAUAUUUUGAAGUACACCUCCAUGGAUUCAUGGAAUAGAGAACUCCUGGAAAAAUACUGUGUGGAAUACAGUGUUAGCAUAAUUGGUUUUCAUAAAGCCAAUGAGAACAGCUUGUUGAGCACUAAACUCAAAGGAUUUCCAUUACAUCUCUACAAUAAUGCCGCUCUGCAAAACUGCUUAGUAAACCCCCAGUCUCCUCUGCUUCACAUUACCAAAGCCCCAAGGGUUGAGAAAGGCCCAUUACCUGGUGAAGACUGGACCAUUUUCCAAUAUAAUCACUCCACUUAUCAACCAGUGCUUUUAACAGAAUUUCAAGCUUCCAAACCAUUCCCAGUAUCACUGCCGAAGGCUUCUCUCUAUGCCACAGUGAUUCAGGACCUGGGACUUCAUGAUGGGAUUCAAAGAGUUCUUUUUGGAAACAAUUUGAACUUUUGGCUGCACAAACUCAUUUUUAUAGAUGCCAUCUCCUUCCUGUCAGGGAAGAGGCUUACACUGUCCUUGGAUAGAUACAUUCUUGUCGACAUCGAUGACAUCUUUGUUGGGAAGGAAGGGACAAGGAUGAAUGUUAAAGAUGUGAAGGCCUUACUAGAGACUCAAACUUUACUACGCACUCAGGUUGCAAAUUUUACCUUCAACCUUGGAUUUUCAGGAAAGUUUUACCACACAGGAACCAUUGAGGAAGAUGAAGGUGAUGAUCUCUUGUUGAGUUCUGUGGAUGAGUUCUGGUGGUUUCCUCACAUGUGGAGCCACAUGCAACCUCAUCUCUUCCACAACGAGUCAUCCCUGGUAGAACAGAUGAUCCUCAACAAGGAAUUUGCACUAGAACAUGGUAUUCCAACUGACAUGGGCUAUGCAGUGGCUCCACACCAUUCUGGCGUCUACCCUGUUCAUAUUCAGCUUUAUGAAGCUUGGAAGAAAGUCUGGGGUAUUAAAGUCACCAGCACUGAAGAGUACCCUCAUCUGAAACCUGCACGGUACAGGCGGGGCUUCAUCCACAAUGGCAUCAUGGUGCUCCCUCGACAGACGUGUGGACUUUUCACCCACACAAUUUUCUACAAAGAAUACCCUGGAGGGCCUCAAGAACUAGACAAAAGUAUACGAGGAGGUGAACUGUUUCUUACCAUCCUUCUCAACCCUAUCAGUAUCUUCAUGACUCAUUUGUCUAACUACGGGAAUGACCGCUUGGGUUUGUACACGUUUGUCAAUCUGGCCAGCUUUGUUCAGAGCUGGACAAACCUGAAGCUGCAGACCCUGCGUCCCAUUCAGCUGGCUCACAAGUAUUUUGAGCUCUUCCCUGAGCAAAAAGACCCACUCUGGCAGAAUCCAUGUGAUGACAGACGACAUCGGGAUAUCUGGUCUAGGGAUAAAACGUGUGACCAUCUACCAAAAUUUCUUGUGAUCGGACCUCAAAAAACAGGAACAACAGCGCUUUAUUUAUUUCUCCUUAUGCAUCCUUCCAUCAUUAGUAAUCUCCCUAGUCCAAAAACCUUUGAAGAGGUUCAGUUCUUUAAUGGCAACAACUAUCACAAGGGAAUUGACUGGUAUAUGAAUUUUUUUCCUACUCCUUCUAACCUCACCACUGAUAUCGUGUUUGAGAAAAGUGCCAACUAUUUCCAUUCAGAAGACGCUCCCAGGCGUGCAUUCUCCUUGAUCCCCAAGGCAAAAAUCAUCACCAUUCUCAUUGAUCCAUCAGACCGGGCAUAUUCCUGGUAUCAGCACCAGCGAUCUCAUGAGGACUCAGCUGCCCUAAAAUUCAAUUUCUAUGAAGUGAUUACUUCUGAUGACUGGGCACCCAGUGACCUGAAGGCUCUACAGAAAAGAUGUUUGACCCCUGGCUGGUAUGCUAUCCACAUAGAAAGGUGGCUAACACACUUCCCCACUUCGCAGUUGCUAAUAAUUGAUGGACAGCAGCUAAGAAGUGACCCAGCAACCGUAAUGGAUGAAGUUCAAAAGUUUUUGGGAGUUUCUCCUCAUUAUAAUUAUUCAGAAGCCCUAACGUUUGACCCUCAGAAAGGGUUUUGGUGUCAACUACUGGAAGGAGGAAAGACAAAAUGCCUGGGGAAAAGUAAAGGCCGAAAAUACCCACCAAUGGAUCAAGAGUCUAGGGCAUUCCUUUCAAACUACUACAGAGAUCACAAUGUGGAACUAUCCAAACUGCUGCACAGACUGGGACAACCUUUGCCAUCGUGGCUAAGACAAGAACUUCAGAAAUGUCUCUUUCCUAUGCAUUUUAAAAAGUGUGGACUCAAGAACUGGAUGCUCCCCAACGCUGCUGCAUCUACAGCAACAAAUAAAGAUUCACAAGCGACACAAACUCUUACAUCUGCCAUGUUGCAAGAACUGGAUUUAUAUAAAUAUAUAUAGAAAACAUAAUCGCUCCCCCACACACAAACACACACUGGAAAAUAAUUCCAAUAUGUACUUUGAUGUUUAAUGCCUUGAAAAUGGAUUGUUUUCUACCGAACUGUUGCAAAUCCCAAUUGCCUGGAUAUAUACUUGAUGCUGGAACUAAAGGGGACGAAACUUUCAAUCACCCUGGAAUAUUUUUUAGCUUUCUUUGUUUGUUUAGGGGGAUAUACUAUGUGCAUACACCUUAUUUUUUUCUUCCUCACACUUCUACAGAAUAAACAUUUCUGCUGCGAUAUUCUGUAGAUGGUCUCCCGUUGUUUCCCUUUGGAUUCCUAGAAGGGCUCCUCUUAUUUUCUUAUGAUGCCUCCAAGUGGUUGGAUGCCUAGGAUCAUCAUGUGGCCUACUGUACAAAGGAUAUAGCUCUAUGUGGAAGGCUGUCCUGUUCAAAUCCAUUAAGGAGCAGGGACUGCAGGUAGCACCUAAGCAGCAGACGGAGUAGGCACAAAGAUCACCAGGUCAUAGUCUUCCCCACAAUGGUGAGAUGGAUUGCAUUUCUGUUUAAAUUGUGGUAUGUCAUUUAAAAUCUGCACCUAUUCAUAUAAAUUAGCUUAUGCAAUUUUUAUGCAAA